AUGGAUACAAGGCCAGCUUCGAAGGCAGGUUCGUGGUAUACUGGCAAGCCAAAGGAUUUGGAGGAAGAGCUCGAUGAGUAUCUUGCCGAGGUUCCUGAGACUGUCGAUGGCUCCUCUCUGCCUAUACCGGGGGCGCGAAUCAUCAUUGCACCACAUGCGGGGUAUGCCUACUCAGGAAAGAAUGCUGCCUGGGCCUACAGCUGUCUAGAUCUCAGCAAGGCGAAGCGAGUGUUCAUUUUCGGGCCGUCUCAUACGCUCGGAUUUUCGGGCUGCGCCGUCACAACAUUUGCAAAGUACGCCACGCCUUUUGGUGAUUUCGUUGUGGACAGGGACAUAAUCGAACGACUAAAGGAAGCGGGUGAGAUGCACGACAUGCGAGUUAGGAACGAUGUUGCCGAGCAUUCUCUCGAAAUGCACUUGCCAUAUCUCUACAAACGAUGUCAACAGACCUUCAAGUCCCCGGAAGAAUUCCCCAAAGUGGUUCCUGUCAUUGUCGGAAGUACCAGCCGAGCAGAUGAGAAGGAUACCGGCCGACUUCUUCUGUCUUAUCUCAAGGAUGAAGAAAAUGCCUUCGUCAUCAGCUCAGACUUUUGUCACUGGGGCACGCGGUUUGACUAUGCUGUCUACACUCCGGAAGGGGACAUUGGGAGGCUAUCUUCGCUGCAUGACCACAGCCCAAAGCCAUCGGGGCCGCCCAUUUAUGAAACAAUUCGUCUGGUUGAUGAAGCGGCUAUGAAUGCCGUCAAGAGUGGCAGCCAUGACGCUUUUGUCGAAAACCUUAGGCUUACAGGAAACACGGUGUGCGGGAGACAUCCGAUUGGAAUUGCAAUGGCCGCCCUGGAGCUUUAUGCCAAGGAGCUCACCGAUGAGAACAGGAGCCGCUUCAAAGUUGUGAAAUAUGACCGUAGCAGUGAGGUUAUAUGGCCGGAUGACUCGAGCGUCAGUUAUGUUUCUGCUUAUGCGGUUUUGUGA